UUAGGCUUAUAAAAAGUGUCUUUUGUUGGGAUAAGGAAUAAUGUUGGCAUUUGUAUUCAUGACUGCAGUCUUAAUCCACUCGGCAUCUACGUCCCCUGAUUCCAAAGUCGAUGUUCUGAAUGAAGCGCUUAUUCGUGAGAUUGUUUCAUCGUUCAUGGAAACAGAGGGAAAUGAUUGCAGAACGUUAGCGAAGGAUGUUGCUGAUUUGAGUAAAGAAAUGAGACAGCAAAGUAUAAAAAUGGACGAUAUGGUAACAAUAAUUGCUAAACAGUCUAAAGAUAUCAGAGAAUUGAAGUAUAAGAUCAGUAUAAUUGAAGAGGAUAAUGAACGUUUACGAAGCUUAUUCAAUGAGGAAAACGGAACAGAUAACGCGACGGAGCAGAAUAAUAGUCUCACCAACAAUGAAAGUAAUGUGCCUGUUGGUGAUGUUGAUGAUUUCCACAUUAAAUCAAGAGGUGUUGAGAACAAAGACGGAAAAAAAUAUUCGAUGAGUCAAAGAAUAAGAAAGAGUUCUACGGGAUUUGUUGCAUUUACGGCAUAUUUAGAUCAUUAUACUCAGGGUUUGAAUCCAGGGAUGACAAUUAAAUGUAAUAGAAUAAUAACUAAUCAUGGAAAUGGCUAUAAUACAUUUACCGGUAUAUUUACGGCUCCAGUGUCUGGGAUAUAUUUCAUAACAUAUACAAUUGAAAGUAACCAUAAGAAGACAAAUGUACGGUUAAUGAAGGAUGGCGUUAACAUUGUCGACGCCGUUGUACACGCCGAUUCAGACUCCUUGGUAUUCACACAAACAAUGUCCACAAAUAGUGCUGUGGUAGAUGUGACAGCUGGACAAUCACUUUGGCUUGAGACCACUUAUGACCAUGACGCCGAACUUUUCAGUCUUGAGGAUUUUCGUUUAGUAACGUUUACGGGAUUUCUACUAGCGUGAUUCAACUCGCCUUCUGUAUUCAAUUAUUAUGUUAAUCUUAAGAGAACUUAAAAUAAAAAUAUAAG